GAACACCAGAAAAACUCUGCUUCCAAGUGAAGAAUAGUAAAUGAAGCCGUGGGUUUGUGGAAAGCGCCUUCUGGUGAAUUUGCACCCCAGAUCCUCUGCUUUCUAACUUGUGAACUUAGAAGGACUCAUUGAAAGAUGACAGAAGAAGUCAUUGUCAUAGCCAAGUGGGACUAUACUGCCCAGCAGGACCAGGAGCUCGACAUCAGGAAGAAUGAGCGGUUGUGGCUGCUGGAUGACUCCAAGACUUGGUGGCGGGUGAGAAAUGCAGCCAACAGGACAGGCUAUGUGCCUUCCAACUACGUGGAGCGUAAGAACAGCCUGAAGAAGGGCUCCCUGGUGAAGAAUCUCAAGGACACGCUAGUUGCUAAUGGAGUGCAAUCCACUCCUGAAAUCUGGAAAAGGGCAGGCCUAGACCAGAAGCACACUUUAACCUGAGGAGGGGUAAGACUCCCUGGCCAAUCAAGUCUGCUGGCAGAGUCAGACAAAGAGGUGAGAUCUUCCGGGAGGCUUUCUGUGUCUUCACUGUGGCUGUGCAGCUUGAACUGUUCUCCGCAUCCUGCUUUGAGCUCUACUGUUGGGUGCUGUGAGGGGACCUCAGGGAAGCUCUGAAAUCAAGACCUCAUGAGCACAGGAUAUCUGCCCAAAAUCGGGAGGAGCACACUGCUGAUCUGUAUGCACUGGGUUGGUGGGUCCUCUAUGGAGUUGGAUGGGAAACAUCAGCGAGAUGUGACUACAUGUGAGGUUUCUAGAUGUGCUUCUUACUUGUUAGUUCAGACAAUGACCUCUUAAUAACUUCAGUAUCAUUGCUGAUUGUAAUUCUGUCCAAAACAUCUGGACCAGUUGCUUUGUUGUAAGUGCAUGGGUGGUUUCUGGGACUAUGCAGCGCCUGUGGCCAUAUCUGUGUGUCUUUUAUAAUAUACAUUAAUAUGGCAGGAAUAGGCCUUGACAGACAGCUCACAGGUUAAGAACUCUGGCUGUUCUUACACAGGUCAUGAGAGUUCAAUUCUUAGCAAUCACAUGGUGGCUCACAUCUAUAUGUAAUGUGAUCUGGUGCCCUCUUCUGGUCUGUAGGAAUACCUGCAGGGAAAACAUUGUAUAAGUAAUUAAUUGAUUCCUUAAAAAAAGAAGGCAGUUUUGAAUCUAAUAGUUCUGAUUUCAUACAUUACAACUUUUUGUUUAGUUUAUUUAAUAUUUUUCUGCUGUAGUUUUUUUUAUAUUUCUUUAAUACAUAUGUGUAGUGUGUUGAGUAUUAUGUGGCAAAGGGACUCUUUCCCUAUCUGUUUUGUAUUUUUGAUGCUUGUUGUUCACUAACAUGCACCUUC